GGGAGAAACGAAAACCUUCUAACUCGGCGACUUGCCGUAUGAGGAAGCGUCACUGUUUCUCUCUCUCUCUCUCUCUCUUCCCGGAGCUGAACAGACGAAGAAGAAGAAGAAAGAAGGAAGAGUAAGAGGGGAAUGAGCGUGUACGGAGGAGAUAGCUGGGCAAGAGAAGCGCAGCACCGGAAGAGACGAGUCGGCGAUUUGGCGGUGGAAGGUCUCGACGCCUCCUCCUACAAGAAGCUCUCCUCCGGCAAGUUCGCUUGCCUCGUCUGCCCUCGCACCCCCGUCCUCGAUUCUGCUCUCGUGCUCGCCAUGCAUUGCAAGGGGUCAUGCCACCGUGUUGCAUUGUUGAGGUUGGAGGAGAGAGAACUGAAAAAGAAGGAUGAGAUCAACAAGAGAAUAGCCUUUUCUGAUUGUACUGUUAACACCAGCACUAGUACUUCCAAUUUAAACAGAAUAAAAAGCAAACCCUUGAUUGAGCAAGUGAGAAAGGCCGCUUCAGAAGUACUUGCUAAGGGAAACACUAGAGAAGACGUCCAUAACGACGGCUGUAGUGGAAAGAUAUGUGGGAUUCUCCGUGGUAAAGAAACCUCACAUGUAAGCGAAAGCUUCUCUUUCGCUGCAAAAGAAGCAGCUGAAGAGGUGGUUGUGCAGCCACAACUUAGUAUCAGAGAGCGUCGUGAAAGAGAGCUCAAUUUUACUUCUGCAGGUUGGAAGCGCGACUGUAAUGGCAGAUGGUUCAAGGAUGAAAAUGUUGAAUUCGAUUCAGAUGAAGAAGAUCCGAAUAUUUGUCUUGGAUAGCACACACAUCACACCAAUAAUUUCAAGCAAUUGAUGGCAGAGAUCUAUCAAGACUAAUGAGAGGUGUUCAUGUGAAGUUUGUUGUCUUGACCUGCCAAGCUGAUGUCUCAUAAUACCAAUCAAAUAUUACUGUGAAUUCCCAUCCAUGGGUCUUAAAUACUUCAAAAAAAUGUUUAUCUUGGUGGUGGAUAAGUGCCUGUGAUUGACUUCCUUGAGAUUUGAUUCAUCUGUCAAGUUGUGGAUCUAAUUGAUCUUCUUUGACUGCUAA